AUGUCCGCUAUUGGUUCCUUGAUCUUCUGCACAGAUUGCGGUAAUCUCCUACGAGAAUCUACCGGUGAUGCGAAUGCGAUUUUGCACUGUGAUGUCUGCGGCGCUCGGAAUAAAGACACAAUUCCCCAAACAACCGUGUCCGAGUCCAAGCCCUCCGCAUUCCCCUCAGCACUGAGAGCGAAACGAUCGGCAGUCCAGACACUUUCAGCAGAAGAUCGCAAGACUGAGGCUGUCAUUGAUCGUACGUGUAAUGAAUGUGGGAGGAAGGAAAUGUUCUACACCACGGUACAGCUGCGCAGUGCCGACGAAGGCAGUACUGUGUUUUAUAGAUGUGUCUGCGGAUUCAAGGAAACCUCCAACAAUUAA